AAACUCAAGUAACCAAGAACCUGAAUAUCACUGUGAUAGAAGUCCAGAGGAUUUCUGUCGAGAACCUUACAGAAGAACAACAAUCUUACAGUACUCUACAAAGCAGCCCUUUUUCUUAGAGCAGCCAGACAAACAGCAAGCAUAAAGGCACAGCCCACAAGGCGUUUGCCAAAAGAAACCUAUAAAGACUCAAGACAAUGAAUCAACAUGAUUCACUGGUUUGUUGAAACCAAGACGGAACCAUUGCAAACUAAGGCCAAGUGUCACGUCUGGAGAAAACCAGACAUUGAUCAUCGACAGGCGAAUACUAUCCCAACGGUGAAGCAUGGUGGUUGCAGCAUAAACUUAGAACUCCAAUUUCCCACAAAGUGAUAGAAAAAAGGCGACGGGACCGAAUCAACCGCUGCCUCAACGAACUUGGAAAAACUGUCCCAAUGGCUCUUGCUAAACAGAACUCGGGGAAACUUGAGAAGGCAGAAAUUCUGGAGAUGACUGUGCAGUAUCUACGUGCGCUCCACUCCGCAGACUUUCCCCGUGGAAGAGAAAAAGGUGAACUGCUCGCAGAGUUCGCGAACUACUUCCACUACGGCUAUCACGAAUGUAUGAAGAACCUGGUGCACUACCUCACCACAGAGGAGAGGGUAGAAACCAAAGACAUCAAGUACGCGCGGAUUAUAGCUUUCCUCCAGUCUAAAUCCCGGGCAGUCACUGAGCCCAUCUUCGGAUCCGUGGGAACUCUGCCGGACCCCGCAGAUUUUCUGGGCCAGUUGCACUCAUCCCCGGAACACCAGAGCCUUAGCCCCUGUGAAUCCAUGUUCCAGCAGAGCCCACCGGGACAUUUCCCAUGGCACACCUCAGGGCGCAGUCCCACUAUCACGUAUCCAACAGUGCCAUUAUCCUCUCCGACGCAACAGCAUGGCGGCUACUUGUCGCCCGUGCAGGGACUUGACCAUCACUAUUUCAACUUUAUUGGCCACUCACAUGCGAAUGCGUUCAGUUUGCACACUGCGCAACAUGCUUUGUAAAUAUUAUCAGCGUUUAUAAAUUGUCGUUAUUUAUGUAGACUAGCUUAUGUAAUGAAACAGCUGAAUGUGAAUAUUUGAAUGAAAUAAAUAUUUCUUUUCAACAGAUAUUA